CUCUCACUUACAGACACACACCCACUCUGUUUCCACACCCACUUCUUCGCAUCGACCCACAUCUCCCCGUCACAACACCAUUCCUCAUCAUGAUCACGGAUCUCCCAGCGGAGCUGCAGCUGAUGAUCUUCGAUGCCAUCAAGAAACCUGACAAGCGCAAUCCGCGACGCCGACGUCAGGCUCUCGUUAAUCAACGGGGGUACUCUAAGCAUUCAGAAAAUGCAGCGAGACGCGCUCUUUUCAAUCUCAGUCUGACUUGUCGAAAAUACCGGUCGCUUCUUGUUCCCACCCUCUUCGACCGAGUCACUCUGCUAAACGAGACUGAUAGUGCGGCAUCGGUUGUUGGCCUAGCCACUAGCGAGCUCGGCCAUUACGUGAAACAUUUCCGAUUUGAAGGUUCUUUGCAAGGAGAAGAGUACAAGAUGGCCAUGCAGCCCUUUGCUCCAGAUAUCAAUGAAGGCUCAGCUGAGAAUCUCGACAAAGUCAUCGAGGCAAUCCUACCCACGCCAGUUCAUAAUAUCCUAUCCGAUCUCCACGAUUGGUUCUCGAAUCUGGAAAUCGUGAGGGUUCACUUCGAAUACGAUAACUCCUGGGGUACGGACCGUUUCAAUUAUCCGGGAGGCUUGGUCCAAUCCGUGUUAUUUGCAGAGACCAGCUCAGAACCUGCUAUGGUAGUGAAAUUGGCAAGUUGGGAGAUACUCAUGACCAAGGCAUACGAAGCUUUGUACCAAAACAAGCACCCUAUCAAAAGCCUUCACCUCCAGGACCUUUUACCGGGGCUGGUGUCUACUUUCGCAACGCCGGACUUCCAUAAAUUUCUCAGCAGGCUUGAAACCUUCAAGAUUUCUGUGUCUUCUUCCUAUAGCGAUGACCGCUUCUUCGCCAAGCGUUCAGGCGGCGAUUCCAACUUGUAUAAACAGUUCGGAAAUCUAUUCUUCAACCACCUGGCUUCGGUCAAACAUCUCACCAUCAAAGCCGGCCUAGCUCGUCGUGAGUACGACAAUACGUACCCGUCGACGGUGCCCUUUGCUACUACGCAGACACCAAUGCUCAAGUCGAUCCGAAUACAAGGCAUUCUGAUCUCUAUGGCUCUCAUCGACUUCCUCGCGAAUCAUUGCAACACGCUUGAGCACGUGUUCUUCGACGACUGCGUUGCUGCACAUUUCAAUUGGGCCACGCAGAGCUACUGGACUAAUACCUGGGGUGAACUGUUCAAGGCUCUUGCUGGCUCUGAUUGCAAGAGCUCAACUCUCCGAAAACUUGAUAUCACGCCUAUCAAAAGCUCGGAAAUUGUAGGCCCGACAACUGUGGUUGACGUGAGUUGCGAGGAAGAGUUAUUUACGCAUGCCAAGGCUGGGAUGUUCGUGUAUGUGGUCAGUCGCUCACCGUGGCAGUUCCGGAGGUUUAUCAGGCGGGAUGAUAUGAGGUGGUACCAGGCGGUGCGCGAGGUUAUCCGCGCCAAUAAGGGGAAAGGGAGGCGCAUCCUUUAAAGGCUCCAUAUUGGAAGCCACGUGAGCAAUGCUACUAUAGCAGGCGUUUGGCGUUCGGCGGGCGGGAUUACUCUCAAAGCCAUAUCGUUGAUCUUCAAAGUCUUCUUAAAGUUUCGGUGUCUGCAUUAGUAUCUUCUUCGUUCUUCGCAACGUGUGUGGAUGUACCAUCCGAAAAACUGAUAUGGCCCACAUCGUCAACCGUGGUAGCUAACGUGACUCGCAAGCUUCGCACACACCUAAAACUUCUCUCUUCCACGUACACGACACAGCAGCCUCUUGAAAUUCCAACUUACUACGCUUCACCCUUUUCCCUCCAACUUACCAAUAGCGGCUAUAGGAUGCCUCGAAGACCUACCAGAUGAAAUAAAAC